CACGGACAUUUAGCCCAAGAAUUAGGGCUGCCUGAAAAAAAUAUUUUUGUCUGUGGCAAUGGAGAAGUGGUAGAAGCCAAAGGCAAUGAAUUUUUUUUGAGUAAAAAGAAACUUCCCGCCCAGCCGAAUUAUGUUCUUAAUGGACGACUGCUUCCAAUGGAAGAGUUAAAUAAUAACCUCGUUUUGCGGGAGAAAAUGUCCCAAGGAGGUUUUUUGUUGGUAGUGAUUUUUUACGAUAAGAAAAAAAGUAAAUUAACUACUCCUCCUUACAUUUUCACUUACGGAUUUAUUAAUAUGAAAAAAAAUGAGAACUUGAUUAAUGAUUGA